AAGGCUGGUCUCCACUACCUCAUCCCGGCGACGAGUAGCAACAGAGACUUCUGCAAGCUGCUCCUCUCUUCCACCAUUCUCGACUAUCCCACUCCCGUCUUGAUCAACUGGGGCGCACAUGAAGAAGCCAACCCCUACAAGCAACAUCUUGCCAAGGUCGAGACUCUUCUGGCUUAUCUCAAGAGGCUGAAGCCCAUUAGCAAGGAGGAUGACUUGGUCCUCAUCUUGGACGGAUACGACGUCUGGUUCCAGUUGCGACCAGAUGUCUUGCUCAAGCGAUACUUCGAGAUGAAUGCCAACCUCGAUCAGAGGACCAUCCAAGCGUAUGGUCAGGAUGCUUUUGACAGGGGCGAUCACCGUACCACUGUCAUCUUCGGUCCCGAUAAGAUUUGUUGGCCCAUCGACUUCAGCCGCCCGGCCUGCUGGGCCGUACCUCACACCGGCCUUUCUCCGACUGCUUUCGGCCCAGAAGAGAAUGAUGAGCGCGAGACACACAACGAACCCAGAUGGCUGAACUCGGGAACCAUCAUGGGUCCCAUCCAAGACAUGAUUGACGUCUUCCAGGCUACUCUUGACCUGAUUCACUACAACCACACGACCGAUUCCGAUCAAUUCUACUUUGCCAAUGUCUUUGGCGACCAAGAAUAUGCACGCUUGUCUCUGGACGGUGAACUGCUCGAAAACCAGAGCAAGGAGAGAUACAGAGAAGAGUUCCAUGUCGAAGAAGAUCCUCCACGCCAGAUUCCCGAAUUCGACGUUGGUCAGAGAACCGAGUACCACAUUGGCAUCGACUACUUCUCGGCCAUGUUCCAAACUCUGGCUUUUUACAAACAGUUCCUGGCUUGGAUCCGCCCCAGCGACUCUUGGGCUACCAAAGAAGACGAGAACGGCGAUGUGACUCAAGAAAGAUACGGGUUCAAGGUGGCUGAAGACAUAUCAAAGUCGCUGACACCAUUUGCUGCGUUCGAGGCGUCUCCACCAACAUCCAUCUCUAACGCAUCAGUGGAAUACCCAAAGUCGUGGGAGGAUGUCAGCCUUUGUGUCAACACUGUCACCGACUUGGCUCCUGUGACUCUGCAUUUCACCGGCGAGAAGGCGUUGCGCGAGUUGUGGUGGGACAAGCUAUGGUUCUAUGAAGAUGGCGAGGAGCUCCGCAAGGCCAGCUUGAAGAUGCCGGAUCGACCCAUCAGCGAAGAGCCUAUUGCAGGCAAGAUGUGGUACAAGAUCGAGUCUGAGGACCCAGAGGCAGGAAAAGGAGGAGCGUGGGCUGACAAUGGCGGAUGGCACUCAUGGACCAGUCUUUGCAAGACCUAUGAGGACCAGAUCUUCCCUCGGAAAACAAUCAAGAAGAAGGGACCUCACCGUCGCAGACCUAGUUUAAGCUUUACGUACGAGACGGCCAUAUUUUUUGCGGACAUGGAUGGCCCCUCUUCCGAUGUCUAUCUGAAUCCCGCCACUAUUGGGGCUGCGGAACGGCCUUCCUAUCAAAAAAUGGGCAGGCUCGUGGACAGGCACCUUGAUAUUUCAUUUUUUGGCACAGACGCAGCGGCUCACACUCGCAGGAGCGUGGGCUGCGUGGCUCGCCCGGGCGCCGUUGCUAGCACUCUACACGAUCUACUUAGGGAGUCAGGGCUCUGUGAUUUUUCCGUCUUCUCUUUGGGAGUUUCGUUCUUUUUCUCCGCUGUGGCUGGUCUUUUCUUUUGCAUCUUGCAGGCCUUCUUCCAACCGAGUGGAUCAACAUGUCUUCACAAGGGGCGUAAAUCUACCAAACCUGCAGUCUCACUCAAAGAGACAUUGCCUCCAGCUUAUCUCCGGAUGGUCUAUCCGGCGAGGCAAGCUGACGCCAACUUCUGCAAAAUUAUUCUUAGCGGUGCCAUCCUAAAUUAUCCUGAACCCAUGUUGAUAGGAUUCGAGGGCAAGAACAAACACGAGAACACCGACUCCACUCUGGACUUGGCCGAGCGCAUUUCACAAAAGACCAGUAUUCUUGGCAUCGACAAGCAUCUCAGGAAUAUUUCCGCAACCCGUGAUGAGGAUCUGGUUGUCAUUGCUGAUGGUUUGAACACUUGGUUUCAAUUGCGCCCUCAGACACUGCUUGACCGUUAUUUCGAAUCAAACAGAAAUGCAGAUGCACGUAUCAGAAAGGAACUCGGAAUCAUGGCCGAUACCUUGAAGAUUCACCAGACCAUCAUCUUCGGUGCUCAGCGGGACUGCUCACCAUGGAAUGCAGAGGAUCCUGCCUGCUCUGUCGUUCCUGAGUCAUCUCUUCCCAAGGAUAUCUACGGACCCUUGACCGAUGUUGAAGCUGGCGAGAAGCAAGAUCGCUUCACGAAGCACCGCCCACGUUACAUCAGC